UUUUUUUUUUUUAUUUCACAUUCAAAACAUCUCGAAAUAGUCAUUAAACCCUUCCCUUUCUCCGUAUAUUGCAUGGCUAGCUUAUUCAAUAGUUUGGACGCCCAAACUUCAGGCUUAUCAGCUUCUGUGUGAAUGACGUGUUUUUCAUUACAUGUUCUUUAACAUGUUUCGUUUCUAACACGAACUCCAUUGUAGAUGAUUUAAGAAAUAUUGUACAUAGUGCCUUUUAAUUAUCGGAAUGCGGGCAACGACUGCACUUUUCUUUCAGUGUGUGUAUGUGUGUGUUUUAAAUACUUUUUUUGAGGAUUUUAAGGAUGGAAUAAUUAUUUACAAUCAGUGGAAUGUAGCGAUGUGCUCGUGGUUAAAUUUUCUGCACUUGAGAUCCUUUUACUGCUACAGAGGUUUAUCUGCCGCGCGGAAUAUAAUCAGGCGCACCGUCUUACACCUGGAUGUGACGUCACAGCUCCGUAUAUGGGAAUGCAACGCGAAGAAUGCUCUGCCAGUCACUGCGCCGGAACCGCGGAUCAGUACGGCUUUGCCGAUAAUUGCUCUUACUCCGUCGCAUCGGAACACUAUUUUUAGCAAAUAAAAACAUUCAAUGUGACCCCGAUUAAGAUUUCAAAACAAACCCCACGUGGUCAUCGAGUUUGAAGAUUUAAAAAAAAAAAAUGAAAUAGAAAUGUAAGAAAGUAGAAUUUCCGAAGUAAUUUUUUAUCUGCAACGUUUCCUAGAAGUUCAACUGAGUGGAUUUUUUUUAUCAUGGAAAGGACCGGGGAUUCGAACGUGACAGACCCCGCCAAUUGGACGGAGAUCUGUGAUAGCUUACAAGUGGACACAGAUUUAGGGACUGGACUUUCACAGGACUCGAUGGUUAGUAUGUCCUCCUCGCAACUUUCACAAGAGUCAGUGGCUUCGACGCAUUCCACGGACAUCACGUCGGAUAUAUUAACUCCAGAAAUUUCUGCAAAGAAAAAGAAAAAAUCGGGAACUAAAAAAGUGAAAAAGAAAAAGGACAAGGGUUUAAGUGAUGGAGAAACCGCAGAGAAAGUUAAGAAAGGUAAAAAAGACAAAACUAAAAAGAAAAAACCAAGGUCUUCGUCGUCUGUGCGGCCGGAACCAGAAGGUGGAAAUCCUGUGAACAUCCUCCCGAUGGACGAAUAUGACCGAGUGAUUUACAGUGACGAUCCUUUGUUUUCUGACAUGGAGAUCAGUGAAGAAGAGGAACCCAACCAAAAACCCAGGCGUCCCUCCCGCCCCGGGGGUCUGAUGUUUUCAUGUUUGUCCUUGGGAAUCCAAUCGAACACAAUGAUUAAAUAUGCCAUUAUAGGAACAGAAGUGCAGAAUAUAUUAAAAGUGUCUUUGAGACGGGCUGAACAAGAGAUCCAGGGUUUCAACCGCAGAAUCCAACUCCUGGAGGAGGACAUGGAGAGAUCAGAGGAGCGGCUUCAGAGCGCCACAGAGAAGUUGGAGGAGGCUUCCAAAGCCGCAGACGAGAGUGAAAGAAACCGAAAGGUCUUGGAAAAUCUCAAUAACGCUUCAGAGGAGAGGACCGAUGUAUUAGAGAAACAACUUACCGAGGCCAAGUUGAUCGCAGAGGAGGCCGACAAAAAAUAUGAUGAGGCAGCCCGUAAGCUUGCUAUCACAGAGGUGGACCUUGAACGCGCAGAGGCAAGACUCGAAGCCGCAGAGGCGAAAGUUUUGGAGUUGGAAGAAGAACUUAAGGUGGUUGGCAACAAUAUGAAAUCAUUGGAGAUCAGUGAGCAAGAGGCUUCACAAAGAGAAGACAGUUAUGAGGAAACCAUCAGAGAUCUUACACAGAGGUUGAAGGAUGCUGAAAACCGAGCCACUGAAGCCGAACGAACCGUAUCCAAACUUCAGAAGGAAGUAGACAGACUUGAAGGUAGGGCCCAGCAUGCCCAGCGGAGUUAUCCCCCCCUGUGUGCCCUCAGUCAACUCCACUUAGUAACAGUUGUAUCCAACUUUUACUGUUUGUUGGAAUAAAGUACCCCUGAUAACAUCUUAUGGUCACAGUAAAAACCAUUAUUAUCAAACUCAUACUAUUUUUGAUUAGGAUAAUAUUAGUCCACACUGAAAGUUGGAUACACAACACAACUGGAGCUGACUACCAAAUUAACUAAUGUUUUGUUUUCAGCAAGUGCCUGGCAAGGAGUUUGCAUUGUAGAGAGAUACAAAAACUAAAAGCAUGAGAAUGCCGAGUUCGUGUUUUGUUUGGUUAGAUAUAAAACAUGGCAUUAACUUUUACAACAGAGCCAGAACCGGGCUGAGGUCGCGGAGAGACAGGUAUACACUCUCCAACUAGAAAACGAUAGACUGUCAGGUAACAAUAGCACCCCAGCACUGUUCAUCGUCAGUGGCUUCAGAUGCUGUCAUACUUCUCAACUGCCUUCUGACCUCUUGUUUUUGUAAUGAAUUUUUUAAAAUUUCUUAAAUGGAAGGAGCUUUAGAGCAUUUGCUGUCUGGAAAUAACAUAGUUGUAGCAGAUGUAGGUUUAAUUUUUUAAUAAUUUUUUGUUUUUAAUAUAAUAAAAUAGAUCAAAUUUGGAUAUAUAUAUAUAUAUAUAUAUAUAUAUAUAUUUUCUAUUUAAAGAUACAUUUCCCAUAAUUUUGUACAAGAAAAGAGUAGUGCUUUAAUAAGAAAAUUUGAUAAUAAGUCAUAUGCUAGGAUCACUAUAGUUGUCUCCCCUUUGAGCACGCUCACUCUCUCCUCGUGUGAUCUCUCACUCCAUCGUGCUUCUACCAGUAAGUAUCUUUGUUCUGAUUGGCUAUGAUGACAUUGUGAAUGUUGUGAAAUGUGUCAAUCUCUACAUCUCAAACACAUACUCCCAUGUCACUUUUAAAAUAUGCAGACAUACUGGACAAAGAAAUUAUCAUUUAAAAUAAUUUCAUGAUGAUUUCUUGAUUUCUAAGUAACAUUGUUUGAAACUAAUAUGAAUGGAAAUAUUUCAAGGUGUAUUUCGAACUGGAAAUCACUUUAUUUAUUCAUUGAUGUAGCAUAUGUUUAGCUUUGGGAUUCAAUCAAUCAUAGCUAAAUUACUUUCAUUUAUAUUAAUAUUGUCCAUGAUAUUAACCUAAAUAUUUCUGUAAAUUCUUUUGGAUGUGAAACUUUGAAUUUGACAAUCCGUCACAUAAUCUUAUCCAAAUUUCUACACUCUUGUAAAAUUGAAAAACAAAACAAAAUUUGUUUUCAUCAAUACAAUUGUAAUGUGUGUGGUUUUUUGAAAAUUUAAAUUAACAAGCAUGAAGAAUAAUAGUUUAACUUUUUAUAAAUUGUGUCUUUCAUUAAGAGACAUACUGUUUUGCAUCAAUAGUAUUCAAUUCCUGUUGCAUAUAAUUACACUGAGUGUUGCAUUAAGGCUAGACCAGGUCUGGCCUUUGCAUGUUGAUUUGACCCAUUGGCAUGAAUCUGUGUGAAUUCCAGAUGACUUAGAAAAUGAAAGAAAACACAAGCUGGAACUCCAGGCAGAAAUGGAGGCCACACUUCAGGAUCUCAGUAAUUUGUAGAACCAGGGCUAUUUUUAGAUGAUCUACACAAUUUUUGUACAGGUUUGAACCACCUUUAUAUCAUUAACUGUAAAUGUCAAUAUUUACUAAUUGCAUUUGCAUGAGAUUUUUGAUUUAUAAGUUUCUGCAUUUGCCAGUAUUAUAUGCAGUCUUGCAAAAGUAGAUAGUCUGCAAAGAAAUGUUAAGUGAAGAGAAAUCUUUAAGGAGUUUUUUUUCUCGUUUUUUUUUUGUUUUGGCAAUCACAGUGCCUAGUGCUAUUUCAUCACUUAAAAUGUAAUUAACACUUGAUAUCCAAUUUAUUUAAUAUCAUGCAAUUAUGAAGUAGAAAAAAAAGUUCUUUGUUAUACUGCCAUACCAAUAUCUUUCAUUCGUUGAAAUUUCCAAUGUGAAUGGGCUAUUACAUCAUGAACUUUAGGUCUCUAAUGAUUUUUUUUCAGAGGAGUUGAGGGGCUCUAGCAACAUACCUCCAUAAUCAAAUUGAUGGAUUUCAUUAGUGAUAGUCCUAUGACUAUCAUAGUCCUAUCAUUUUGUCUUUCAAAGACAAAUGUUAAAGUGCCAUUCUCUAUAUUGCAGAUGAACUGCUUGCAGAAAAGGAGAGAUACAAGGCCAUUAGUGAUGAGUUGGAUCAGACCUUUGCUGAGCUGGCAGGAUAUUAAUUUUUCCUCUAUCCCUCACCUCUGUCACAGGCCAACACGAGACGAAAAGACUUUAUUCAUGGCUGGCACGGUCACUGUUGUAAAUGGACAUAUCUUACGUUUCAUCUGUAUAAUGGUGUUAGAGAUAUAAACAAAAUGUGGACGGAGAUUUUUUUUUCUUAUGAAUGAUCAAAUAUUUAAUAUAUUUUCAUGACGUGUUCUGGUGAACAAACUUUCUAAAUUAAAAAAAGGAUAUAUAAAAUAUGUGAGGGUGGACUUAAAUUUUCUUUUUUAUCAUCAACACUUGUGUAUGUUGUAUGUUUCAGUAACAGACAUGUUAAAACAACCAGGUUACUUCAUCAGAUAAUAUAUAUAUAUAUAUAUAUUUAUAUAUGUUUAUAUGUGAUACAUAUUUAUAUUGUACAUGGUGUAGACCGAUUCAUUUUUUCGAAUCUGCAUUGAACUGCCAGACUGUAUAGGUGCCAGAGCAAGUCCGGGCUGUAUCUCUCCUGCUCACGAGUAACCUGGUUUCGUUUUAACGUAAGGCUGUGGGGAAUUUUGUCUGGUCAGUGGUGGAAAUUUUUGAGCCAUCGGAAUGGCAACAUUUUAUGGUGACUUCCAUAUGUAUACUGAGCUAAUUUAUGUGUAAAAUAAGAGAAAUGGAAAAUGAUUAAUUAUCCUAGUCCACCUUAUAGGCAUGGCAAUAUCCAGCAUAAUUCGUUUCUGUCGGCCAUUUUGAUGCUAAAAUUUCCACUCCUGUCUACGAAAUAGAACUGUAUAUAACCUUGUACACGCUGUAGACGUCUAUGUAUGCCGUGAAAGUUUACCAUGUACAAGAAAAACAUAUUUCCAAUUUAUAGGUGUAUGUGACGGAAGUCUUGUAAUUUCCUUGCAUUAAAUUCGUUUCUUUAUAAAUUUAUACCAAAAUUUGUUUAUCUUUUAUCAUAUUACACAGUUGUCUUAUUUUUUUAUUAGACAUACGAGCAGUAAGACUAUGUAGAAAUUACUAAUAUUGGAUUUUGUUUACACUCCGGUAGACAGGGGAGCUAACUCUCCGUGGUCACGUGAUUACGCUUUUCUCUACUGCUUGAGUCUCUUGUGUCCCUGGAUAUUGCCUUAACCAAAAAUAAAAUUGUACUUGCUUAC